AUGGGGGAAACCGGGUUAGGAAAUUUAGACCCGAAAGCACAAGAGUUCAGGCCUAGAAACCCUUAUGUCCAGACCCAGAUUACGACGACGACCACCACCAUAGUACCUCCGCAAGUAUACUUUCCGUACGAGGUGCAAUUGCUAAACUUUUGCGGCGGCGGCGGCGGCGUAGGGUAUCCUCACCCUCAGUUCCCGGCGCCGUCAGAGCUUGUUAGACCUGCCGCUGUGCCGGCGCCGCCAGCGGCGCUUCAGCUUCCGCCACCUUCGGUGACGCCUACGCGGGCGGUGCUCCUCAGCUCGGUGCCGCCGAACGUCAGCGAGUCGACGGUGAGGAGGGAAUUGGAGGUGUUCGGGGAGGUGAGGGCGGUCCAGAUGGAGAAGGUCAGGGAGGGGAUGGUGGCGGUGCUUUUCUACGACCUCCGGCGCGCGCAGGAGGCCGUUGCCGAGAUCCGAAAACAGCACAUGAUGCAGCAAAGUCGUAUGAAGCGACACUUCGACGCCGUGUUGGCGCGCGAUUCUGCCUUCGGUAGGUUGGAGAGCGAGUGCUUGUCUCCCGUACCGCAGCCUCCGCCGGCACGUGGCCUCGUCGGCGGCUGCGCAGUAUGGGCCCAGUUCAUGAUUCCGGCCACGUCCUCCGUCCCGGACGGUACCAAUCAAGGAACGCUCGUGGUUUUCAAUUUGGACUCCGAGGUCACAGCGACUGCCCUCAAAGACAUUUUCCAGGCUUUUGGGCCCGUAAAGGAAUUGAGAGAGACGCCGUUGAAGAGAAACCAGAGGUUCGUGGAGUUCUACGACGUCAGAGACGCGGCCAGGGCUCUCAGGGAGAUGAACGGAAAGGAAAUCCACGGCAAGCAUGUCGUCAUUGAAUUCAGCCGGCCGGGAGGUCUCGGCCGCCGCUUCUAUAACGCCGCCGGUUCUAAAAAACCUUCCACUUCAAAUAGCUACGGUCCUUCAAGUUGCCCGCAGUUGCCGCCGCCGCCGGUUCCUCGUAAAAUCUCUGUGCGGCCGGAAUCCGUUAGUGUGUAUUCUCGCCCCGGCAGAUUUUCACGAACCCAAAUUCAAAAUUCGACGAAAAAGUACUCUGCCUGUAAGACCGUUAGUACUAGGAUUUCUAGUAGUAGUCCAGCCGUUGAAGCUUCAAUGGCGACCUUGUGUAUCAGCGGUACUGUUAGCAAUGGGGCAGUGAGGAGUGCAAAGAAGUACCCUCCGGCGAAUACAAAGCUGCCGCAGCAGCAGCAGAGCCAGCCUUCGCUGUCGCCGCCGUCCAGGAUUCGGACAUUGAAGGGCAGGCAGAAGAACGUUGAUUCUCGUUUUCUAAUAAUCGAGGAGGCCAUGGCCGAAUCGAGUAAUUGCAGAGAUUCCAGAACCACUGUCAUGAUCAAGAACAUACCCAACAAGUACAGUCAGAAGCUGCUAUUGAACAUGCUGGACAACCACUGCAUACACUGCAACGAGCAGAUUGCCGGCGGCGGCGACCAGCCCUUGUCCUCCUACGAUUUCGUCUAUCUCCCCAUUGAUUUCAACAACAAGUGCAAUGUGGGAUAUGGUUUUGUGAAUCUAACGUCCCCACAGGCAACAUGGAGGCUGUACAAGGCCUUUCACCUUCAACCCUGGGAGGUCUUCAACUCUCGAAAAAUCUGUGAAGUUACUUACGCCAGAUUGCAGGGUUUGGAAGCGUUGAAGGAGCACUUUAGGAACUCGAAGUUCGGAAGCGUGACGGAUGAUUACCUGCCUGUGGUGUUUGCGCCACCUCGAGACGGGCGGCAGCUGACGGAGCCUCUUCCCCUCGUGCGCGGCAACUUCAGCGCACGAGGUGGCGGUGAUGAUCAUGAUGACGACGGUGAGAUGGGCGGCGGUGAUGGGGCGGUAGUCGGAGAGGCGGAUGACGUGGAGAGGGAACCAGAUGGAGUGGGCAAUAAAUUAUGUAAUAUUGGCGGCGAUGAUGACGAGGAGGACGAGGUGGGAUGUGGCUGCAGCAGCAGCGGCAGUAACCGAAACAGCGGCGACGAUGUAUAA